UUGGAAGGGGUGGCUUAAAGGCCGCCUCCGAGAAACUGACGUCACAGUGGCCUCGGCUGCGCUGUGAUGCUGAGCUGAGCAGCUUUUUGAUUUGUGAAAGUGGUAAAGGUUUCAAAGGGACUUGUCAGUCCUGCUCGGUUGAAUGGUUGGACUUACUUUGCAUUCGCAUCUCCUGCAAAGAAGCAAGAUUCACCACGCUGAGACUUUUCUCUUUGAGACAACCAGCUAUCUUCCCUUUGCUAGACUGACCAGUGGUUGACCAUGAGCAUAGGAUUUCUCCCCAGGGCAAAAAGGCUUUAUUUUAAAGGCAAGUGAGACUGCUUCAAAUAAAACAACUCCAAGCUUCCAAGAAACAGUUAAGAGAAGGCAGAGACGAGCAGAAACACCCCUUCGCUAACACUCACACGGUUGCCAUGGACCUACAUAAGCAGUGGGAGAACACAGAGACUGACUGGCACAAGGAAAAGAUGGAACUACUGGACCAAUUUGACAAUGAAAGAAAGGAAUGGGAAAGUCAAUGGAAGAUCAUGCAGAAGAAGAUAGAAGAGCUCUGCCACGAAGUAAAACUUCGGAGGAAAGUCAACAUGCGUGAACGUGCUAAGAUCAUUGAUCUUGGUUGUGAUAAGGCCAUUCAAGAUAAAAUGGUGGAAUCUUCUCCAAAUUACCCCAAUUCAGGACAAUGUGAAUUUACAGGGUUGAAUCAUAGGGAUGAUCUGGGAAAAAAAGAUAACACAGAGCAAAACUUAUUUCAUGAAAGAAAUCAAAUGUGUAAGGAGCAAAAAGCAACCAAAAAAUCCAAAGUAGAGUUCAUGGAUUCUUUGACCACAGAUAAACAAAGGGAGGGUGAGGCCUGGCCUGACCUGAGGACUUCUGGGGGAGACAGUGGGAGCUGCUCCAGCGCCCUCAACACGGCUCUUGAAGAACUUGCCAAAGUUAGUGAAGAAUUAUGCAGCUUUCAAGAGGAAAUUCGAAAGCGGUCUAACCACAGAAGGAUGAAGUCAGAUUCUUUUCUCCAGGAAAUGCCAAAUGUAAUUAACAUGCCUCAUGGAGAUCACAUGAUCAACAAUGGGCAGUGCCUUCCUUCAACCAAUUUAGAAAAAGAAAAACAGAAAAAUACAAAGAAUCUGUGCUGUACCAAAGUUUUCCUAAACAAUUCUAAGAACAAAAGUGGAACCGAUGCAAUUGAUCUGCAAAGAAAUGAAACUCCACCAGUUCCUCCUCCAAGAAGCACAUCUCGAAAUUUUCCCAGCUCCUAUUCUGAGCAAGCCCAUGGAAGUCUGAAGGGAAGUUUAGACCAUAGCAGCAGGGUGGCCCAAGAAGGUCAAGGUGAACUGAACUGCAGUCCUCAUUUCCUGUGGCCGCAUGAUGCAAUGCCUACACUGUGUCUAAAUGAAGGGAAGACUUUGAAAGAUGGUAUCAUAUUUUCUUCUUUGGCACCAGAAACCAAAAUAGAUAACAAGCCUUCAUGUAAUGAGAAUGUUGGACUUAGCAUGUGGUCAUCUGACAUUGGGACAGGUGCAAAAAAUAGCCCCUCUACACUCUGGUCUCAGAAAACCUGCUCUAUUCCCAAUAAACCAAAAUAUGAAAAGGCGAUCCCAGAUCAGCCUGCUAAAUCUCAUCCUGGUCUUCAUGUAGGCAAUGACUACUGUUCCUCAGUGACACAGAGCACUGGCCCACUGAGAAGUUUCGGUUGUGGCUUUGAAAAGACUACUAGAAAUGAAAAGCUGGCAGAAAAGACUGAUGAAUUUAACAGGAUCGUAUUUAGAACAGAUAGAAAUUGUCAUGCAGUUCAGCAAAAUCAAAGCUUCUCAGGAUCAUCUGAAGAUCUUCAGCCCUGUGAUACCUUAAUUACUUGUGCAGGUAAUGCUUCAGAAAGUGACACUGUUUCUGACAUUCUGAAAACUAGCGCCCAUGUGCCUGUGCCCAAGGAAACUGUGCCUGAUAAUUCCACUAAAAAAUCCACAACAGGCCUCUUCAAACAAACACAGGAGCACGUAAGCCCGAGCAGUUACCGGAAUAUGUUCCAGGAGCAUGACUGGAGACCAAGUAAUUUGUCUGGCCGACCAAGAUCGGCUGAUCCCAGGUCAAAUUAUGGUGUGGUGGAAAAACUGCUGAAAACCUACGAAACGUCAGCAGGGUCUGUAUUGCAAAAUUCUAAAUGCUUCCAGGAUAAUUGGACCAAAUGUAAUUCUGAUGUCACUGGUGGAGCCACAUUAAAUCAGCCUUUAGAAAAGCUCCAGAUAGAACAAGAGCUUCAGCAAAAGACAGCUAUGUGUGGGGCACAGCAGGUGAAGCAAGGAGUAGAUCGGAAAAAGGUAAUAGAGGAAUCCCUGGCAGUGAAAUCCUCACAUGGAAAAGGAUUUUCCCGACCUGCUAGACCAGCAAAUCGCCGUCUCCCAUCCCGAUGGGCAUCCAGAUCUCCAUCCGCUCCCCCUGCCUUGCGGAGAACUGCCCAGAGCAUCACCAUCUCUCUGCGAUCUGAGGCAUCGGUGGUCUGAGUCUCUGGCCUGGAUUGCGAGACUACAAAAGUCCCAAUUGCCAAACAGAGUAUUCCGAGAGUUUACAACCAAUCCUGUCUCUUCUGUAUCUUUCAAGAUUAUUGGGACAAACAAUUUAAAUCUUAACUUCCCAUCAGUCUUCAGUGUUUUUAAUCUAUGGAAUAAUUAUCUUCCUGUAUUUUGAUUUCUUAGAUCAGAAUUUUUUAAUGUCAUCCUCAUUAAUUUGCCAAUAUGAUUUAAGUUGAAACAAUGUACUAUAUUGUAUAUUCUAACUUUCUUGCAAGUGGCAGAAAGCAAGGUUAUGUGCAUGGCCAUGUGUUUGUAGGUGCAUGUGUUGAUAUAGGAAAUAUCUUAGUAUGUAUUUAGAUAAGAAAAACUUAUGUGCUAGUGUUGACUUUGAAAUUAUAACAUGUAUACCUAUAUAUUCUUUGUGUUUAUUUAAAAUUUUUAAAAAUACACGGUAUUAUUUAUAUUUUGUAUACCUUUUAAUAGGUAUCCACUUAAGGCUUUUGAGGUACUUAUGUUAACUAACCACUUCCUUGGCUUCAACCACAUUGAAAAAUAGUUCUACGUGUAUCUAACAUUGGUAGCUUUCUAUAUAAAAUUCAUAGUUACUUAACCCAUAUAGGGAUAGACUAAUACCAUUCAUCUUCUUGUUUAUCUCUUUUAAAUAAGUAAAAUUGUCACAGGUUUAACCGAUCAGCCUUCUAAAGCAAACACAAAAUGUUCACAAAAGCAUUUAUAUAUCAUUCGGCAGUCUAUUCUGACAUUUAACUGUGUACUUAAUCUUCAGAGCCGGUAUCCUAAGACUGCCUUGUAAAUGACAUGACUAAACAAUGAAUUUAUUCAGGCAACUUCAGUAACAAGCAUUCCUUACACGGGAUAUGAAAAGAACUUCAAUUAUGCUGAAUUCUACUUUUUGUUAAAACUAUAGUAAGCUUUUUGUUCAGCUACUUUAUUUGGAGUCAUACAUAUUGAAAGGUAAGUCAUUCACUUUCUCCUUUUUCUAAUCUUUUCCCUAAAAUUAGUAGAUAAUAGACUAAUUCAAUUUUUUAUUAAAAAGGAAAAUCAGGAAUGGUGUUUCAUUGAGAGCUGAAUUAUAUUUCUUAUAGUGUGCUACAUAAAAAAAAAAAAGCCUUAAACUAACCUCUGACAUCCAUGAGUAGCAUAAGAAAUAGAAACUUUUUUUGGCCACAAUUUGCAAAAAGUGAACAUGUAAAAUCUAUACUGAGAACUGAUAAAAAUAUGAAUGUUGAGGUGCCUGGAAUUUUACAUGGAAGAUCUUAGAAGCAAAUUUGUUCUCCAUUGUCUCUAUAUAAAACCAACUAUGGUAUUAGAUAUUAAUUCUAUUUAAGCUUUUUUUUAAUUACCAAAAAAGGUUAUGUAAUUCUUAUGACAAAAAUAUUCAGAGCCUUCUCCUUGUGAUACAUUCUAACAAUUUAGAGAAAUUUUCUUCAUUACACCAUAAAUUGAGGUAAAGUAAUUAAUUUUUAAAUCCCAGACUGCCUUAAAGGCUCAAGACUGUUGCAUGGUGAAGGACAGAUUCAUUCUUUCCAGUAAAGAGAGUUUCCAGGAGAUGAGAGGAAUUAAGCUUCUAGAAGGUGAGGCUGGAGCAGACGGUAAGUAAGGGCUAUAGAUUGACUCUUUUAAUUCUUGUUUCUUUCAGGAAUCUCCUUUUCCAUAGAAAGCCUAUCAGAGAAAGUAACCUAGAAACCAAGUGAUGUUGCUCAUAUAAUAUGCUUCCUAUCUAGAAGGGAGGAAAACACUGGGGAGGCGGUAGCCUGUGGCAUAAAAUGAUAGACCUGUUAGGAAGAUGGUGCUGUGUAACGCUGGAGAGUCAGCCCAAGAACUGUGUGACGUAGCUGCUCCUCUCCUUCACUGUAUACCAGGUAGUCCAAUGUGGAUCUGUGGUGCCUAACUUGAAUUACAAGUCAGAAUAUUGAGAAUUGUUUUUUAAAUUAGAUUUCUGACCUUAUCACAGGAUUACUAAAGCAGAAUUUCCAGGGGUAGGGAGUGGGAAUCUUGAAUCCUUAGUAAAACAAAGAAAAACAUUUGACGAUUAAGGAGAUGUGGAAGCAGUGACAUUAACUGAUACCUAAUGGAUGGGUACCAUUGGGUAGUCAUGUUUCUUCUCUGGGACUUGCCUUUGUUAUCUGUAAAUUAAAAGGGUAAUAUUGUCAGGUGUCACAAUUUUAUGCCACUUUUUCUAUUACCAUUUUAAUGAACCAGUGGAACACAUUUUAACAUCUUAUGUUGACAAUAAUCAUAGACUAUUAGAGCUGGAAAAAAAGCAUCUAAUCCAACUCAAUUGUAAAGAUGAAACUAAAAAAAAAGAUUAUUUGAGUAUUUUGUUUUCUUUUUUUAAAUAUUUUACAAUUUUUUAUGGAAAAACCUAUCAGGUAAAUGGAAGUGAUCCUUAAAAAAUAUUUUUGAUGUAUUGUGAUUUUUAACCAGUAGUUUUUCUACUUUGGAUGGGCAUUUUCUUCCCAACAGCAUACCCUUUAUUACAUCAUCACUGCUAGAUUUAAGGGAUUUGUAAACAUAUCAAGAGUACUUGAGUAGAAGUUUUCCCUGGCAGACUUUUUGGGGAAAAAAAUCUUCUAUUAUUUCAAUGGAGGGUUAUUGAUAUUAUCGGCUGAUCUCAGAAAGGAGUAAGAGUGAGGCAGAAAGAGUGUUUGAGUUUCUGUGCAUGUGUGUGUAUGCCCAUGACCCUUGCCCGGGUUCUCUGUAUAGCCCUAUGCCUGAAGCCAAGUAUAAAUGAUGUCGCAUAAUUCACUUUAUCAAAAAUUAUCCGUAACUUUAUUUUUACAUUGACAGUGAAGGUGACCAGAUAUUAUCAUGCACAAAACAUUUACUUCUCUGUAGAGGAUUUAGCCAGACUCCAUGUCACCCCAAGCAAACAUCUGGACCUAAAAAAGAGAAUCUGCUUCCCUAAAAAGAUUUUUCAAAUUAUUUUUAGGCACACUUGCUGACAAACAACUACCUGAUAAUGAAAUCUCCUUCAGUCGUUGGAAACUAUCAAAUAAAAUAGGGGUGGAAACACUUGCUCUAGCAUCUGUGUACAUCUGGAGCAUUUUUGUUUUCCACCUUUUCUACAAUGAAAAUCCAGCUGAGAGUUUUUUAAAGUCUAAACUCAAGUAUGUAUGUAGUUCAACCUAGCUUCUCCCAAAAUAUCUCUAGAUAGUAGGGUCUAAAGGCCAAGCCUGCCUGAAUCCCUGCACCUGGCCACACACACAACCCCGUCUAGUUUCUCGUAUGCUGACACCAUUUUGUGCCCAUUUAACUACUUACUGAGUCUGUUUAAGUUUUGUUUGAAAAAGGAAUACUCCUCUGAAAUUUACUUUUACAUGGUGAAAUUUAGUUAAAUUAUUUUUAGGCAGAUGUAGAUUUCAAGCAUAGUACUAUUUUGCUUCAAAUUCCUUGAGUAGCAAGUACCUUUAUCAGAAUCUAGAAUUAUGAUUUACUCAUUUUACUAUAGCUCAAAAAAUAUGCUUCUUCAAAAACUGAGCUUCAUAAAGUAAAAAAAAAAAUUCAAAACAAAGAAAA